AUGUCUGAGCGCAAGGUCCUUCAGAAAUACUACCCUCCGGACUUUGAUCCGCGAGACAUUUCGCGCCGCCGCGGCCCGAAGACGAGCGGCCCGCGCAUCCAGACCGUCCGCCUGAUGGCGCCCUUCUCGAUGCGCUGCAUGACGUGCGGAGAGUUCAUCUACAAGGGCCGCAAGUUCAACUCGAGGAAGGAGACGAACCAGGAGGAAAAGUACCUCAACAUCCAAAUAUUCUUCUUCCACAUCAAGUGCACCCGCUGCAGCGCCGAGAUCACCUUCCGAACCGACCCCAAGAACAACGACUACGCCAUGGUCAAGGGCGCUGUGCGCAAUAUGGAGCCGUGGAGGAAUCGGGAGACGGAGGAGGAGACGAUGGAGCAGAGGCUAGACCGCCUGGAGCGGGAAGAGGCGGAGGCGGCGGGCGAGGAGGAGAAGAACGCCAUGGCGGACCUCGAGGCCAAGAACGCGGACGCACGGCGCGAGAUGGCCGCCGCGGAUGCCCUCGACGAGAUACGACAAAGAAACGCCAGAAUAAAUCGGUCAGAAAAGGACGGCGUUGACUUUGCGGACGCCAUCGUCCGGACGGAAGACGAGGAGCGGGCACGGCAAGAAAAGGAAGACGAGGAGGCGGCCAAGAGAGCGUUCGCGGCGGCCAAGGGGGCGCCGAAUGACAUCGAGGUUGUCGAAGAGGAGGAGCCAAAGCAAGACUCAACAACACCAACGUCGGAUGACGCCAUGCCUCCCCCGCCGCCGCCAAGUUCAAUGCCUCCGCCGGCGGGGCCGCCUCCAUCUUUCAAGAGAGUGGUGAAGAGGAAGAAAGAUCACUCGGCGCUGCUGGGAAUUAAGAAGAAGAAGACGUCGCUCGUAUGA